AUGGUGAAAUACAAGUUACCUGGAUGUGUCACAGUGAGCACAGUGGUGGAUCUGCAGAAGAGAAUCAUUGGAGGUCAACAGUGUCAACCAACUGAACGUCUGUACCACGUGAAAUUGAUAGCAGUUAAUGCUCAACAAUGGUCCUUGUGUGGUGGCUCUCUGAUCAGUGACCAGUGGAUUCUGACUGCAGCUCACUGCUGGAAGCAAGGAUGGACUAUGAAUGCAGUUGUAGGUGUGCAUCCAGGUCCGGGACAAACAGUACAAAUCACAGCACCACCUGAGAUCUUUAGGGACAACAAUCAAAGGACCCAUGACAUCAUGCUGCUGAAGCUACCUAACCCUAUAACUCAGAUUCGACCUGUGGGACUUCCUGACUGUAAAAAGCGUCCCAAUAUGAGUCAUAAUCUUUCCCUUUCAAUAAUUCUGAAAGCUCAGCUCAACGUUUUUGAAUCAUUUUUUAGACUUUGUUUAAAUGAAAACUGCUAUAAAACGGUUUCUUUUUACUCUUUUAAUUGUAUUUCAGAGGUGCUAAAGUUCAGAUUGCAGGUCAUGGAGCCCCUGCUGCAGGCCCUAAUAAUCAAAGACAACCUGGUUUGUCAAAUACUCUCCAAUGUGCAAACAUCGAGGUUGUCGACUGUCAGAGGCUCAGAGCUCUUGUCUCAAAAAGGACGUAUCAACACUGGUUCUGUGGCCAAACUCCUGGAGUGGAUACAUGUUCAGGUGACUCUGGUGGAGGAGUGUUGUACAAUCACAGGAUUUAUGGUGUCCAUGCAUUCACUGGUAACUCUAAAUACGCCUGUACUGAAGCAGCUGGAUUCAUGGACGUCUGUGCAUACAUAAAGUGGAUCAAAAAUACUAUUACUAGACCAAAGAAAUGUCUAAUGUGUGGUUAACUGUAACAUGUCCUGUCAUUUAACAAGCAUUUCACAUUCAUUCGGAAAACUGUGGAGUUGCUCUAAAUUUUCAAUUCAUAAAUGUACAUGUACGUUAAAUGUUCAACCAUCAUUUGUAAAGUCCUUUAAG